UGGAGGCAACAGGGACAUUGAGGCGGUCACGUGAAGAGACAGGGAAAGCUCCAAUGGUCAUGGAAGAUACUGAAAUGUCGGUCCCUAUUUUUGAUAGGCCAAUCGGGGAUUCGGGAGCGGAGUUGACUCGGUGGGUCACUCUCUUGGAUUACGAGGAGUUUGUUGAGGAUGAGGACAUCUUUGAGGCCGAGCUCGAGGAACCAGGGAUUGCCGCAAUGGUGUUUGAGGCUCGUGCACGGAGGCAGAGUGAGAGGAGUUGUUACGGUGUUCGGAGCCGGAGGGGAUUUUGAGUUGUUGAGGGAAUUUGAGUGGGAGGCUGCGGAGGCUGAGGUUGGGCCGAGAGUGUCGGCAAUGCAAGAGGCCCAGAAAGCCAAGAGUGUGGAUUUUAACUCAGCAACGUAUGCACCGAGAGCGCAGUUUUUCGUUCCUUAAUUGAUGGACACUUACAAGCUGACUCAGAAGCUUUUUGACGAGAAUUUGGUCUUGCGAGACCAGACUUUUCACUUGAGAGAGGGUUGUCUGGUGAGGAAAGCGACGUUGUCUGGCUUUGGAGGGUCGGUUUAGUCCUUGGAGUUCUAUAAUGAACUCCCUGCCGUGGUCAGAGGACUGGUGGAUGCUGCAGGAUUUAGCACAUUCAUUUAGAUUCUAACAACGCCUGUUCGGAAUGACCACGCGUUACUGACAGCUUUGGCAGAGAGGUGGUGUCCCAACACCUUCCACCUUCCGCUUGGGGGCUUGGGGAGAUGACGGUUACGCUGCUUGACUUUACGACGAUUAUAGGCUUGAGGCUGGGUGGUGACCCGAUCCCUUUUGACACGGGCCUUUCUGAUGAUGAUGUGGCGUUGGAGUGAUUUUUGGGCUUCAUGCCUAAAGUGGAAAAUGGCUCGAUCAUCUAUACAAGUCUGAGGCAGCGGUGGCAACGUGAGCCAACCAGUGAUGAGGAGGCCGAGCAAAUGGCUAGGGCUUACUUGCUGUAUCUUUUCGGCACGUCCCUAUUUCCCAAAAGGCACAGCCGGAUACACGUGUCCUUCCUGCCGGCCCUACGUCAUCUACAAACGGCCAACUCUUUUGAUUGGGGAGGCAGUGCGCUUUCGGCUUACUACAGCUUCAUGGGGGAUGUUUCCUAAGGCACUUACAUCACGACUGGCGGGUAUUGGAGAGUUUGGGAGCUUUGGGCCUAUGAGGUAUUGGGAAUGUAUCCUCCAGAGCUUUGAGCUACUGGCUUCCAAACAAAUUGAAGAAGCAUAAGGAUGCUAAUCUGAAUGCCUACCGAGCUUUCUUGGAUGGGAUGACAGGCGCAUUGGUGCACUGGCACCUUUGGGAUGGGCUUAAUGUGCCCUACUUGGCAUGGAGCAGGGAGGUCACUCGAGGGCGAGUGCUUUUGGAGUCACCUUAUGGGUGGCAAUGGUACUUUGGAGAGAGGGUGACUCGGUAGUCACUUCGCUUGCGAGCGUUCCAGGUUCCUGCUCCACCUCCGGCUUACUUGCAUGGCCUUGGGGAUACAUUGUGGUAGAGCUGGAGAGGUUCACAGUAUUGGAGAUUAAUCUCUCCUCAUUCCUACGUCCUACUCAGGACUAUGCUGCUUGGAGAGAGAGGAACUUGGCUGGUCCUCUUAGACUUGGAGAGUUCCGUCAGGUCAGAUUUAGUGCUACCAUAACAGAAAGGAAGAAGAAAGGUCAAGAAGGUGCCACAAAGAGAGCUCGGGGUGGUAGAAGUGAUGCCAAGGUGAUCAGAGAUCUUCCCGAGUUGCUAUGGGAAAUUGAGGUGAUGGCACCUCCGGGGGCUCAGAGAGUGAUUGACUUCCCACAGUCGGAGGAGCCAUUCGAGCCAAUUACUUGCCAGGUGCCGGUGGAAUGGGCGCAUAAGGCGCGUCGUCGAAUGCUUCCUAUGGAGAACCUAUUGUGACGAACCGCUGCAGGUCACUCUUUUCCCAUGAGACGACCAAAUGAGCCCUCUUCAACUCAGGUAUUGUUUAUUGCUUUCUUUUGAUUUUCUGAAUUAUGAUCUCCGAACCUAUUGUUAUUCAUUCAUGCAAGGCCCUCCUCCCGAGGCUAGCGAGCUUACUGAUCUCGAGAGACGGAGCAAAAGGGCAGCAGACACUCCGGUGCGUCUUCGAGGAGCUCUCAGAGAGCAAUCACCUCGUCGAGGAGUGAGAGGGCUGCAAGGCCUUUGGUUGAGGAGACAAGAGGGAAGAGGGAGGAUGAAGAGAGUGAAGAGGAUAAUGAUGAGAGCGUGGAUGCAUCCAGCUCUUUCACGGUUGUGCCAGAUACGUCAUGCUCGGGGUCUCUUUAUGGAGAGGAUGAAUAAGACGAUGAUGAUGAUGAUGAUGAGCCUCUAGUAAUGAAGAAGCCUCGCACUUAAGUUUCUUUUGCUUUACUGUCUCCUUCUUUUGCGUACCCUCAUAGAUUGUAGGAGUAUAGGUAGUAGUUGGGCUUGCAUGCCUCCUUUUGACUUUUGGGCGCUUGUUUUGCCCCGUUUUAGACUUUGACAUCGGGCUUACGUGCCCCAGUAGUUGGCAUGCUGCGUUUUGGGUACCUCGACUCACGAAUUUCAAUGGAUUUAUGAAAAUUGCACCUUCUUUUGAUCAUUCGUUAUUUAUUAGCUUAACAACUUGUGU